AUGGCAGGUGGACAGCCAGGAUCCAACUCUCGCGGCCGCGGUGGCAAAUUCAGGAAGUUUACCCGUGGAGGUGGGAAGCAUUUCUCCCGUGACCUUAGACCCCUUGACGCCGAUGGCAACGAAGUCAGCAUGUGGUCUGCCAACUCGAAGAAGCAAGGUGACGACGAGAGUUCCGAAGAAGACUCUGAGGAGGAUUCUGAGGAGGAGUCCGACUCCGAGGGGGACGGCAAGUCCCAGGCCGAGAUGACCCGUGCUGAGCGAAAGGCCGCCGCCAAGGCCCGCAAGGACGCCGCUGUAGCCAAGAAGAGAGCCCAGGCCGUCGAGGUCGGCGACCUGCCCCCGUCCGACUCGGAGGAGAGCAGUGAGGACGAUGCCGAUAUGCCCGCCAACCCCAACCACUCCAAGGCUGCCCGUAACCAGACCAAGGCGCCAGUCGACGCCCCUGAGGUCGACGAAGCCGCCGAGGGCGUCAAGAAGCUGACGGUUGCCAGCAACCGCAAGGAGCGCGAGAGCAUGGAGGCUGCGCAGGCCAAGGAGAGAUAUCGCAAGCUGCACGAGGCCGGCAAGACGGACGAGGCCAAGGCUGACCUCGCGCGCUUAAGACUUAUCCGUGAGCAGAGAGCUGCCGACGCUGCUCGCCGAGAGGCCGAGAGAGAGGAGCGUGAGGCCCAGGAGGCCGCCAAGAGACAGGAGAUCGAGGCAAAGGAGGCCAAGAAGAGAGAGGCCGCCCUUGGUCCCGUUAAGAAGGGCAAGAAGUCUAGCAAAUAA